AACGUCCUCUGCUCUCUUAAAAUACAUUUUCUACAGUCUUAAUGUACAUUAAACAUACUAUAAACAUUUUAUUUUACUCAAAAGCUCCAAAUAUUUCCAUUUUACUGAGUAUAUUUAAUAAAAAUCACCAAAUUCAUCACAGGAGACGCUGAAGUCGGUUAAUUCACUACCUUCAUCAACUGGUUUGCGGCUUGAAUGAGACGGAGCACAGAGGUCACAUUUACCCCCUACUGAAGAACAGCAAUAAGUAACAAUGACGAGCGCUACGUCCCCAAUCCUCCUGAAAUGGGACCCCAAGAGUCUGGAGAUUCGUACUCUAACUGUGGAGAGGCUGCUGGAGCCUUUGGUCACACAGGUGACCACUCUGGUAAACACCAGCAACAAAGGUCCCUCCAGUAAGAAGAAGGGCCGUUCCAAGAAGGCCCAUGUUCUGGCCCUGUCUGUGGAACAGGCCACACAGAACUUUCUGGAAAAGGGCGAGCAGAUUGCCAAAGACAGCCAGGACCUGAAGGAGGAGCUCAUCGUAGCUGUGGAGGAUGUCCGCAAACAAGGUGAGACGAUGCGUGUGGCCUCCUCCGAGUUUGCUGAUGAUCCCUGUUCCUCAGUGAAGCGAGGCACCAUGGUCCGCGCCGCUCGCGCCCUGCUGUCCGCAGUCACCCGCCUUCUCAUCCUCGCAGACAUGGCCGACGUCAUGAGACUCUUGGCCCACCUCAAAAUCGUGGAGGAAGCUCUGGAGGCGGUGAAGAAUGCCAACAACGAGCAGGACCUGGCCAAUCGCUUUAAAGAGUUUGGAAAGGAGAUGGUCAAGCUGAACUACGUUGCUGCUCGACGACAGCAGGAACUGAAGGACCCUCACUGCAGGGAUGAGAUGGCGGCUGCUCGCGGGGCUCUGAAGAAGAAUGCCACCAUGCUCUAUACAGCCUCCCAGGCCUUCCUCCGCCACCCCGAUGUGGCCGCUACCCGUGCCAACCGAGACUACGUCUUCAAACAGGUGCAGGAGGCAAUUGGGGGCAUCUCCAGCGCCGCCCAGGCCACUUCACCCACUGAAGAAAAGCACGGGCACGCCGGCAUCGGAGAACUGGCUGCUGCACUCAACGAGUUUGAUAAUAAGAUCAUUCUGGACCCGUUGACAUUCAGCGAGGCUCGAUUCCGGCCGUCUCUGGAGGAGCGUCUGGAGAGCAUCAUCAGUGGUGCUGCCCUCAUGGCCGACUCGUCGUGCACGAGGGACGACCGGCGUGAGCGCAUCGUGGCAGAGUGCAAUGCUGUGCGCCAGGCCCUGCAAGACCUGCUGAGCGAAUACAUGAACAAUACGGGAAGGAAAGAAAGGGGCGACCCACUAAACACAGCUAUCGACAAGAUGACCAAGAAGACCCGGGACCUACGCAGACAGCUGAGGAAGGCCGUGAUGGAUCACAUCUCCGACUCCUUCCUCGAGACCAACGUCCCCCUGCUGGUGCUGAUCGAAGCAGCCAAGAGCGGCAACGAGAAGGAAGUGAAGGAGUACGCACAGGUGUUCCGCGAGCAUGCUAACAAGCUGGUCGAGGUGGCCAAUCUCGCGUGCUCCAUCUCCAACAACGAGGAAGGAGUGAAGCUGGUGCGCAUGGCUGCGACGCAGAUAGACAGCCUGUGUCCUCAGGUAAUCAACGCCGCCCUGACGCUGGCCGCGCGUCCCCAGAGCAAGGUGGCCCAGGACAACAUGGACGUGUUCAAAGACCAGUGGGAGAAGCAGGUGCGCAUUCUGACCGAGGCCGUGGACGACAUCACCUCCGUCGACGACUUCCUCUCCGUUUCAGAGAACCACAUUCUGGAGGAUGUGAAUAAGUGUGUGAUCGCACUGCAGGAGGGUGACGUGGACACUCUGGACAGGACGGCGGGGGCGAUCCGCGGCCGGGCGGCACGCGUGGUCCACAUCAUCAACGCCGAGAUGGAAAACUACGAGCCGGGCGUUUACACGGAGCGAGUUCUGGAGUCCAUCAAACUGCUCUCUGAAACGGUGAUGCCCCGCUUUGCUGAGCAAGUGGAGGUAGCCAUUGAAGCUUUGAGCACCAACCCCCCGCAGGCGUUUGAGGAGAACGAGUUUAUCGACGCCUCACGCCUGGUCUACGAUGGAGUGCGUGACAUCAGGAAAGCUGUCCUCAUGAUUAGGACCCCAGAAGAGCUGGAGGACGACUCCGACUUUGAGCAGGAGGACUACGACACCCGUAGCCGUACCAGCGUCCAGACUGAAGAUGAUCAGCUCAUCGCAGGCCAGAGCGCCAGAGCCAUCAUGGCUCAGCUUCCUCAGGAGGAGAAGGCCAAGAUUGCCGAGCAGGUGGAGAGUUUCCGACAGGAGAAGAGCAAACUGGACGCUGAAGUGGCCAAGUGGGAUGACAACGGCAAUGACAUCAUCGUGCUGGCCAAGCAGAUGUGCAUGAUCAUGAUGGAGAUGACCGACUUCACCAGGGGAAAAGGCCCACUAAAGAACUCAUCUGACGUGAUCAACGCAGCCAAGAAGAUUGCAGAGGCCGGCUCCAGAAUGGACAAACUGGCCCGAGCUGUGGCUGACCAGUGUCCUGAUUCAGCCUGCAAGCAGGAUCUGCUUGCCUACCUGCAGAGAAUCGCCCUCUACUGCCACCAGCUCAACAUCUGCAGCAAAGUCAAGGCUGAGGUCCAGAACCUGGGGGGAGAACUCAUUGUCUCAGGGCUGGACAGCGCCACAUCCCUCAUCCAGGCAGCCAAGAACCUGAUGAACGCAGUGGUCCUGACGGUCAAGGCUUCCUACGUUGCCUCCACCAAGUACCAGAAAGUUUAUGGCACGGCAGCGGUCAACUCGCCCGUGGUUUCUUGGCGCAUGAAGGCUCCGGAGAAGAAGCCGCUAGUGAAGAGGGAGAAGCCCGAGGAGUGCCAGACCCGUGUGAGGAGGGGCUCUCAGAAGAAACACAUCUCUCCAGUCCAAGCUCUCAGCGAGUUCAAGGCUAUGGACUCCUUUUAACUUCAGCGAUAUUACAAAAGAAGAAGGCCCCUCAAACUCCCCUUCCACUUUAACCCCUUCCCAAUGACCCUGACCUUAAAUUUUCUUUUCUUUCUUUCUUAAUGUCCCUCCUCCAAUUUGUGGCUCCAUGUACCCGAGCCACAUUGCCCGGCCAAUGUGUGCGUAAGUAAGUUGGAGUGGUGAACUACCAAACUAAAAAAAAAACACAAACUGGACAAAGGGCGAUUGACCGCCAAAUGCCAAACCAAGCCAGAGACCCAAGCUCACAAGAUUACAGCUGGGGAUAUAGUGACUUGUGACUUUUGUUUACUUCCUUUGGUGUUUAUCAUUAGUUAGCGGUGUUUACUACUGACCAGCCAAAUGUAUGCGGAUAUAUGACAGAAAAUAAUACAUGGUGCGGUAGUAAUCGGCCCGUAGCUGUGCAAAGAAGGGAGCAUUGGAGCUCCUAACGUAAGCGUUUGGUUUGCAACUGAAUAUAUGACUGGUAGUGCUAGGACUUAAGUUAUGUUGAGACACUUAUUUACUUUGACCCUUGAUGAUGAAUAUGAUGAUGAUGAUGAUGAACCAUAUAAUCCACAUUAUGGUGAUGAGCAACACUAGGUCUUCUUUUUUUUUUUUGCCAUUUCUUAAAUUCUUCUAUUACUGCAUCACUAACUAUACUGCAGCCUGGUUGGUUGACCCAUAGUGUUGAACAUACUACUAGAAAUCGGACUGAAUCGACUAGUUGUGUGGUUUGCUCAGAGAAUACGUAGAAACCCUGCAUACCUUUAUAUAGUCACAAUUCUCUAAUAAACCCUGCAACUGUG